AUGAAUUUUAUGUAAGGUUUUGGAGGCUUAGGUGGCCUUGAUUUUAUGGGAGGACAAUAAUCUGAUCCAAACGCUCCUCUUCCAGAUACACAAGAAAAGAUAUAUGUUUCAGCUUUAGCAUUAAUUAAAAUGCUUAAGCAUUCAAGAGCAGGUGUACCUAUGGAAGUCAUGGGUUUGAUGCUUGGUGAAAUAGUUGAUGAGUAUACUGUUAAUGUAAUUGAUGUUUUUGCUAUGCCUUAAAGUGGUACUAGUGUAAGUGUUGAAUCAGUAGAUCCAGUUUUCUAAUAGGAAAUGCUUGAUAUGCUUCAACAAACUGAACGUAGAGAGAAUGUCGUUGGAUGGUAUCACUCCCAUCCCAGUUUUGGUUGUUGGUUGUCAAGUGUUGAUUAGCAGACUUAAAUGAGUUUUGAGUAACUAAAUCCAAAGGCAGUUGCAUUGGUUAUAGAUCCUAUUUAGAGUGUAAGAGGAAGAGUAGUUAUUGAUGCCUUCAGAUUAAUUAAUCCCACUGUUGUUAUGAGUGGUUAAGAACCUAGACAAACUACUGGUGUCGAAGGACAUUUAAAUAAGCCUAACUUAGAAGCUCAACUUAGAGGUGUUGGCAUUCAAUAUUAUUCUAUAAAUAUUGCUUUCCGUACAAAUGAAUUAGAAAAUUAAAUGCUCUCAGAUUUAUACAAAUCAUCAUGGAGAAACUCUUUAGAAUUAAAAUCUUCUACAAAGCAUAGUGAGCAAAAUGUCCAAGCUAUGAAAGAUAUGGUAGGAUUGGCCAAGUUGUAUACAAAGGCAAUAGAAGAGGAAAUUAAAUGCAAUGGUAAGGAUGAAAAGUAAUUAAAAAUAAAAAACACAGGUAAAAUAGAUCCUAAAAAACAUCUUGAAAGUAAUAUUGAUGAUGCUUCAGCUAAUAAUAUAGUGCAAUUAUUAGGUAAUAUGAUGUCUGCAAGAGUUCUUUGA